AAUAAAUAUUGACGUGUAAAUGCGAUAGAAAAAAUUUUUCUAUAGAAAAAGAAUGAUAUAUACAAUUAUAAGAUCUGCGUAUUUACUCGUACAGUGACGUGCGCAAUAGAGACGGCACGAUGAGCAAAGGUAGUAGGAAGUUGACGAUUGAUGUCACGGUCAGCUGAACUUUAGUUAUUCUGACAAGUGUGCGCACGAGAAGAUGAACACCUUUUAAAGAAAGGAAACGUGCAUUUGGGACAAAAGUUUUAUUUUUUUUUUGCUUUCCCCCUCUCUCUCUACUAUCGAGAUGGUGGAACCAAUUUUUGAUUAUCAAUUUCGGCUAAUAUUGAUUGGCGACAGUACGGUCGGAAAGAGUUCUCUUCUUAAAUAUUUCACCGAUGGGAAGUUCGCAGAGCUCUCCGAUCCAACUGUUGGCGUAGACUUUUUUGCACGUUUAAUGGAAGUUAAAGAUGGCACGAGAAUAAAAUUACAAUUAUGGGAUACUGCUGGACAAGAAAGAUUUAGGUCUAUAACAAAAUCUUACUAUAGAAAUUCUGUUGGAGCACUACUUGUAUAUGAUGUAUGCAACAGAACUAGCUUUGAACAUAUUCCUCAAUGGAUGAUGGAAGCACGUAGACACAUUGAACCGCAUCGUCCUGUAUUUGCAUUAGUAGGUUGUAAAUUGGAUCUGGUAACAAAUGGUGGCAGAAGAGAAGUAUCAAGAGAAGAAGCUAGGGCUUUUGCCGAUCAACAUGGUGUACAUCAUAUAGAAACUAGUGCAAAAACAGGAGUCAAUGUUGAAGAAGCAUUUCGAACAGUUACUCAGGAAGUUUAUAAUAGAAUACAGACUGGUGAAUAUAAAGUAGAAGAUGGUUGGGAUGGUAUUAAAACUGGAUUUGCAAGACCUGGUGGCUUGGACUUUAAUCUAGUCGAAGCAGAGCCUGCAAAGUCUUCGUGUUGUUAAAUUAAGAAUUCAAUUGGUUUAUCAAAAAAUAACAAAUUAUUUUAUAAUAAGAAAUCAAUUGUGUUGAAACUUCAUUUAAGACUGCUUACAAUUUACAUCUAAUAAAUAAUUUUCAUUUUAUUCACCGAACAAUUCAUAAUCGACAUAUUUAUAUAAAAUUAUAUAAGAUAUGACAAAUGUAAAAAUAUGGGAACUAAUUCAUAGACAUUCAACACAAUUGAUUUACAUCCAAGGAAUGUAGUAGAAAAUUAAAUACAUCUAGCGAAUUAUUAUUUAGAUUUUUUGUACCAUAAUGUAUGAUGAAUAUUGUAUAUUCCAAACAUUUUUUAACAUUGUUAUAAUAGUAAUAAACAAAAUGUUCUGAGUAGAUAUAUACAAUUUUCAC